AUGGAAGCGCCUUUAACUCCAACCACUCGAGAGAGUUCUAGCAGCCCUGAUCUCGACGUUACCCCCCCCUCUAAUGAGCUGAGCAGCCCAUUUACCAGACCUAGCACUAUCAGCACAGGUUCUGAACUCAAGAAAAAAUCCCACAUGACGUUCUCAAAGGUUGCUGGGGAAUCACCCAGUCUCCGUAAGGAUCGAGGCCCUCUUCCCCAGACCAAUCUGAACGCUAUCAUCGAGGAAACUCCCACUUAUCGAGCUCCUCAGUUCCGAAACAAACCAAUCUCUAUGCAUGAGCGCAACCAUGAGGCUUACAGGUUCGUGCCUCAAAACCCUAUGUCCUUCAAGUCGAAUGUGGCUGGGCCAGCCACACCAGCCUAUCCUAUCCGCCAGCCUAUUGCUCCUCCUCCUGAUCAUGCUGCUUCAAGCAGAAGCCUGUUCCCCGGAGCCUUGGCUCCAUCUCCAGCCAUUUGGGAAGGUCUAAAGGGGCACUUCAGCCAGCUCGGCAUCAACGAGCACCAAAGCAUGGCUACCCCAACAACUCUCCCCCCUUCUCAGAUACCCCUGGCUCCCAUCCAAGAGGCUCCGCGUCCUGUUCUCCCCUCUUGGCUCGAGGACGCUCUGAAGAAGGUACCAUACGUCCAGAGCCAAGAUGGAAAUCACCAAAAGCUCAGUUUGGCUGCCCGUCAACAAAAUGCCCGUGGCUUCAGGCCCAUGGCGGCUAUCACUCGCCCUGCCAGCCACACUGCCUGUGAAGAUGAAGCUCGCGAGUCUGUCUUCUCUGACAACUACAAAGGAGAACAUAACACACGAAAUGCAAGCGCUUUGAGCCUCACCCCUGAGCAGAAUUGCGCCCUCUGGCUGACCAAUCUCCCACCUGAUGUCACUCAUCAUGAACUGCUUGGACAAAUUCGCAACGUCGGACGCAUCUGGUGCUCUGUCAUCAACGAGCCUGACUGGGAGCGCCAUGAAACCGCAGCCGCAAAGGUCGUUUUCUUCACCCCUGGUCCUGCUCAACUUCUUCUCUCAAAGUCUCUCACACAGGGUAUCAGUGUUCGAGGCUUCCCUGUGCGAGUCACCCACAACCGCGUCAAGUAUGGGGAACAAGGCAUUCUGGGACCUGCAUCGCGUGUUCUCAUCAUCACCGGGAAAAGCACCUUUGUGAACCCAAGCUCCCUCACAGAGUUCUUCGAGGAGCGCUUCGUCUUUGAGGUUGACGAGAUCACCGAACUCAUCGUUCAGGGGGACGCUUCAAAGGGCGGCCGGUCGGUGGUCGAAUAUCGAUUUGGAAGCUUCCGUUGCCAGGCGCAAAUGGGUAAGAUGGCUUUGGAAAAGGAUCGCCCUCAGGGAUUUGAGAAGGUUGAGUUCGGAGAGGAUCCUUGCGAGGUUGGCGACACCCUCUCCGCCUAUGGUGUUGCUGCGGAACGUAUUCAGGGAAAGGGAAUGUGA